GAAGCUCAGUCUGCAAUGAAUGAUUGUUGUAGUCUGAAUAGUACCUAUAAAAAGUACAUAUUUAUAGUUGUAAAAAUCCUUGACAAAUUACCGUGCUUCAACCAGCUUCAAAAUGUUCUUAGCAAGUUUAGUUUGCUUUGUGGGACUUUUCCUGUUCUCAGAGAUUCAAGCCAAGAGCACCUACAAUCCGGAGGAAACACUAUUUGCUGUUACAAGAUGCAUGGAGGAAGCCUCAAAAGCAUCACCAAAUAAGGUAGAUCUAGUUCAGAAGUGGGCAAAAGCGCAGUUGGAAAAAAAUCCUGAAACGCAAGCCUAUGUUCGGUGCACUGUAGUAUUGCAGGGUAUUUUUGAUCCGGUCUCAAAAACUUACCAUAUGGAAAAUUUUCAAAACCAAUGGAAGCGUUAUGAAAAAUAUGACAAACUGGGUCUUACUCAGACAGCAAUUGACGAGCUCGUAAAAGAUGCCCAAUCAGAGGGUACACUAGAGGGCGAUUCAGAUUUUAAUCCUGAGCCUGUAUUUUCAAGCUAUAUGAAGCUAAUGGAAAAACACAAAACCACCCUAUUGAAUCUUUACCAUGUGAAUCGGACUUAUGAGAAUAUGGUUUAUGAUGCCUUGGGCAGAAAGUUGAAGCAAAAGAAUGAAACUCUAUAUGAACACUGUUUCAAUUUAUACUACCCUGAAUCGAAAGCAGAGCUUCGUAAACAAGAAUGUGUCAAGAACUCCUCCCUUGUCAAAGACGAUGCCAACUUGGAAGAAUACUCUUUUUGUAACUUCCAUGGCUAUCGAUACAUCAACAAUAACUACGAUAUUAAUGUUGAAGAAUUCGCUAGAGAUUUCACUCUGGCCGGAUUACCAGAGGACGAAAUACGCCAAGCAGUUGGCACUUGCAUUGCGAAUGAACCGAAAAGCGUUGCCGAUCAUCAACGAUCGAGGUACCUGUACAAAUGUUUGAUGGCCGAUGCAGCAGUGGUUGAGGAUUUUAAAAAAUCCAUCAAAUACAGACAACUGCGCUCCGUUGAUUAUAAAUAUCUUCUAAAUGGGGGUACGUAUGACGAGGCUGUUGUUAAACAAGAAUCUGACAAAGUGAAGGCUAGAUUGUGCGGAGAAUGAGCAGGUUAUUCUUGAAAUGCUGAAAACUUUAAGGCCUGAAUGAAUUUCUUAUCAAUAAGCUGAAAUGAGAAUGGACAAUAUGUUAUCUUAAAUCCGUUUCAUUUAUAGUAUUAAAUGAAGAGUUAAAUUAAAUUGAUGCCAAUAACACCAAUCUCUUGGUUUCUUUCAAAUUUAUUAGCAAAAACUCCUCAGUCACUUUGUUCAUUAUGAUGUACUGCAAACGAUCCCGUAUAAUAUCUUCAAAGUUUUUUUUUCUUAUUUAUUUUUAUUCUCAGCUUGAUAAACGCUUGGCUAAUCAAAGCAUAUCGACUUUUCUUAUUAAUCAUUUUUUAUCUUUGAAAUCUUUCAUGAC